ACGUUUACGGCGGACAAGAUGGCGGCCUCCAUGCUGGGCUCCCUGCUGCGCGCCGUCCGACAGAUGGUUCCUUCAUCAGCUUCAGGCCAAGUUCGAGGUUACUAUGUAGACUGGAGAAUGCUGCGAGAUGUGAAAAGACGAAAAACGGCCCAUGAGUACGCAGAUGAGAGACUGCGUAUCAAUUCACUCAGGAAGAACUCCGUUUUGCCAAGAGCCCUUCAGGAAGUGGCUGAUGAAGAAAUCGCUGCCCUCCCCCGGGACAGCUGUCCUGUCAGGAUCAGGAACCGCUGUGUUUUGACGUCUCGGCCCCGUGGUGUGAAGCGGCGCUGGAGGCUCAGUCGGAUCGUCUUCCGCCACUUAGCUGACCACGGGCAGCUCUCUGGGGUCCAGCGAGCUAUCUGGUAAAUGCACCCGAGCCGUCCUCGUUUGCAGGGAACUGGCUCCUGCAUGAAGAGACUUUUCAAGCAGACAACGCCUAGUUUCCCAGGGUGCGGUAUUGGAGCUUGUCUGCCUGACGCUGCCCAGACGUCACUUUUACAAUUCUCAUGAAGACGUGUGGGUGUGCCAUCCUGUCUGCAAAACUUGGCUCUCAAGAAUUACCUUUUUUCUUGUGGACUUGAUGGGUUAACCAACAUGCCAUGUGUUGUACAGACAGUAGCACAGUAAACACCUGUCCUGUGAAAA